CUAGGGUCACACGAACGAGCCAGGUGAAUUCAUUCUGCUUGGUGGAUGAUGGCAGUAAUGGACAAAUUUAUCUUGAUCACCGUUCUAAUCUCACUCAGUCAUGUUUGUGAGUCAGCAUUUACCUUUGCCUCUACCUACGAGGAUCAUAUGGUCCUCCAAAAAGGGCCACGUGGGGCAGUAGUUUGGGGAAAGUCAACUAAACUAGGUGACACAGUUCACGUGUCAUUAAAUGGCCACGAAGUUGCUCAUGCUAAUGUUACACACGAUGAGUAUGGUGGGCUGAUGUGGAUUGUAAAGGUCGUCAUGAAUACAAACAACUACGGUCCCUACAACCUCACAGCACUGUCGAGCUUAGGGGAGCUAACUCUCCAUGACGUUAUGUUUGGUGACGUAUGGGUGUGUUCCGGCCAAAGUAACAUGGUGUUUCCCUUACUUUGGUUAGUCAAUGCCACGGAAGAGUAUGAAGAUGCCUCAAACUAUGCCAAUGUACGAGUGUUUAGAGAGCCUUUCCAUCAAUCCAAUGUUUCUUUGGAGGAUUACAGACCUUAUCUUCCAUGGUCGAGACCAACUGAGCAUUCCUUGAAGUCGUUUUCCGCCGUCUGUUGGUUGUUUGGCAAACGCCUUUCAUCCCAGUUUCAAUACCCCAUUGGAUUGAUGGAAACUAACGUUGGAGGCACAAGGAUAGAAUCAUGGUCUUCACCCGAGGCUUUGAGCGCAUGUCCGUCAACUAGGAGAGUGACUGGACAUUCUACUCUUUGGAAUGGAAUGGUGACGCCUCUCCUGCGUAACACUAUAUAUGGCGCCAUCUGGUAUCAAGGGGAGGCAAACAUCCAUAAACCGAACCUCUACUCGUGUCAGUUUCCCGCCAUGAUAGCUGACUGGAGACACAAAUUCAGUGCUGCAUCUCAACACACGACAUCGCCAAAUUUCCCGUUCGGAUUUGUACAACUAGCCGCUAACAGAAAUGUAUCGGCGACUACUGGAUUUCCGUCCCUGCGAUGGGCUCAGACAGCUGACUACGGCACGGUUCCCAAUGCCAAGAUGCCAAACACAUUUAUGGCAGUAGCGAUGGAUCUACCGGACUUCGACUCUCCACACGGAAACAUCCAUCCCCGUUUUAAACAUGACGUAGCAUCCCGUCUGGCCUUGUCAGCUCUCGGUGUGGCGUACCACCAGUCAGGACUAGAGUACCAGGGUCCUUACCCAUCAGAUUACCACGUGACUGGUCACUCCCUAAAUAUAGAGUAUAACCAUGGACGGACCCCCAUUAGACUGACCGUCAACGCUACUCGAACAGGAGUGGGCGCCGAAUUCGAGGUAUGUUGCUCAGUUCAUCAUUGCCCAAACACUUACCGGCAUUGGAAGUCUGCCCCGAUAACGUCACAUGAUGUGUCAUCCGUUACGCUUGAUACAAGCACAUGUGGUAACGUGGCCCUGUCUGCGGUAAGAUACGCGUGGAGGGAGAGUCCGUGUGAGUUCAAGCAGUGUGCUGUGUACGGGAGAGAUACUGAUCUCCCUGCCCCUACAUUUUACCAUAGCUUUCACGGAUAGUGUGUAAAAUGGUUUGGGAAUAAAAAGAAGUUUUAUUUU